UGUCCAAAUUUUUUCUGAAUAAAUUCUCUUCCUUCUUAUGGCAAACGAAAAAGAUAAAAGAUUUUAAAAAAAAUCUCAUCUGGUACACACAUGGGGAUAGAAACGCUUUGUUUCUUGCAGCUUGAAGCUGGAACCCAUAAACCUCCAAAACCCAUAACCAGAAACCAAUUCUCUUCAUUGUUUCAAGAGAAAGAAACAAACCCAGAACCCAACAAUGCUCACCAAUCUCUCAAGUAUCUGCCUUUAUCGUCCUCUCCGAACUGCACUCUUCUUCUCCACCCACAACUUGCUAAGCAGUCCCAUAUCAUCCAAUACUUCACUCCAUAUUUGGUCUUGCUCUUCCUCUAGUUCCACCCAAGUCCAAAUUGCACCAGCUAAUGUGGAGCAGAGCAUUGGUGUGCCUAAAGUUGAUGUCUUGAAGCAGAAAUUGGAGCUUCUUGGGAUUAUCUGUGAUAGUUCUUGUGUGCCUGGACACUAUAGUAAUCUACUGUGUCCCAAGUGCAAUGGUGGGCGGUCACUGGAGAGGAGCUUGUCUCUUUACAUUGUCCAAAAAGGGGAUCUAGCAAGGUGGAGAUGUUUUCGAACUGAUUGUAAUUGGGCUGACAAGGUGUUUUUAGAAGGCAAGGCAGGACACAAUGAGGUGAAGAAGAAAGAAUUCCAGCCAUUUAGGCAAAUGACAGAGGAAGGCCUCAGGCUAGUACCAAUAGGAGAAAAGGUAACGGCUUAUUUCAAUGAGAGGAAGAUAUCUGAGGAAACUCUGCGGAGAAAUGCUGUAAUGCAACUCUCUAAUGAUGUGCAACGCUCUAAGGAGGAUGUCAUUGCAUUUACUUAUAGACACAAAGGACUAAUUGUUGGUUGCAAGUACCGGACCCUAGAAAAAAGAUUUUGGACGGAGAGGGGUUCAGAGAAGAUAUUAUAUGGAAUUGAUGAUAUAAAUGAUGCAGCUGAAAUUAUCAUUGUUGAAGGUGAAAUAGAUAAGCUUUCUAUGGAGGAAGCUGGAUUCUGCAAUUGUGUGAGUGCUCCUGGGGGUGGAGCAGGAAAGAAUUCUCCUACAUUGCCAUCUAUGGAAAAGGACACUACAUUUCAGUACCUGUGGAAUUGCAAACAGAAGUUGGAUAAGGUUUCUCGGAUUAUCCUGGCAACCGACAAUGAUGCAACAGGCCAAGCUUUGGCCAGAGCACUAGCACGCCGCCUCGGGACAAACAGAUGUUGGCAAGUAAGCUGGCCAAAGAAAGAUGAAUUCAGCUGUUUCAAAGAUGCUAAUGAGGUUCUCAAAUAUAUGGGACCUGAUGCUUUGAGAAAGGUCAUUGAAAGUGUAGAACCGUAUCAGCUAUGCAUCUCAGAGACUGAGACAAAGUAGUAUAAAGUUCAGACUUUAGAUCAAGUAUAUGCACAGAUAGAAACACUGGCUCGCAGCACACAAAGUGAACUUGAAGGCUGUAAAGUUUUUCCUAGAUUUAACUUGUGAUUCAUUGCAACAGGGGUUCCCUUUGGUUUAAUUGAAUAGAAGGAUAGAAAAGGUUAACAAUCA